AAGGACUCGCGUUUGUCUUUUAAAUAUUGAUUUGUCUGUAGAACGGACGUUAUGUGACAACGAUGAACGUUUUUCUAAUACUCUAUUUCAUUGACAAAUAUUACAUGAAUGCGAUCGAGUUACAAGUAACCUAACAUAAUUUUUUAUUCAUAAUGGACCAUAUGAAAAGUACAAGUAUUUAUGUAAACAUGAAGAUCAUGAAACAUUCACAUAUUGUUUAUAAUUGCUAUUUUCAGGGGACAAUGUGGAACUUCCAAAAAUUUUGGUUAUUAUAAAUCUUUUAAUAAAUAAAUAAAAUAAAAAUUUGAGAUGGACUCUCCAUCGUCUUGUUCACUAAGCGCUACUGGACCUCUUAGUGAUCUUGGUAGCAGUGGAAUUGGAGGGUCCAUUUCUAGUGAUUCAGUUAGAGCUCAUCUUGCAAUCGAGAUGCAAGAAAGCGAUAUAGAAAGUAAAUCUUUAUCGCAAGAUUCGUUUGAUUAUUCAGAUGGUAUGUGUGGUGAAAAUUUUAAUACAUUGAAAAAAGGACCAGGAUGGACUGAUGCUGAUGGAAAACUGGAAGUUGAAGUGGUUGAUGUAGCUAUUAAACCUCCACCAGAAUUUCAAGAUAGCCCUUCUCCUCCUAAUUCUGAAUCUUCAUCUGCACCGAUUCUUAGCUACGCACAAUUAAUGAGACAAAAAGUUCCACAAUUAAUAGAUGAUUAUGCUGAAAAUUUAGUACAAUCAAUGAUUGAAGAAGCACUAAUAAUAUCUUGUAGAAUAUCAUGGCCAGAAGGAAGAAUAGCACCUGCAACAAAUCAUGUACCAGUGGUAACUCGUAAUAUAUAUAAUCCAAAACGUCUUUGGGCAACAGAUUUGUUGACACCAUCAUGCCAAGGAGCUACUACUUUAAUUACUCCAUAUAAUACUUUAAAUCGUCCAAAUUCACGAUGUUCAUUAGCAUCUUCUCGUUUAUCCAGUUCUCAUAAUUCAAUAAAUACCUCAGGACUGAGUCAUAAAGCGGAUGACAGCAGUUUUAUCACCUCUGCUAUGUCACAUGAUGUUUUAACGACCAGUGAGAUUAGUGAUAUGUACAAUGUGCCCUUUGAUUCUGACAUUUAUACUGUACCAAUAGAUGUAGUUAGACCUUUGCAUGAUCUUAGAACACCGCAAAGGCCUAAACGUCAUAGACAUCAUCGUAAAAGAAGAAGAAACGUAUCUGCUAGUUCACAAAGUGAAUUAGAAGCCCAUAUUCAACAAGCAAGGCAUUAUUGUGGAAAACCUCGUGCUAUUACCCAUGUUAUUAAAUCACAGAGACUUUUAUCUGAUGUAUGCUGUAAUGAAACUGGAAAUGGAAAGCGUCAUAGCGUUCCGGGUACAUCUGGUCGACAUAUGUCUCGAACAUCUAAUGGUCACAUGCAUAAUAUUGGUGAACCAAUUCAUAUGACUUUACAUGAAGUGCGUCAAUAUUUGCAAACAUUAUAUUCAAGCUCCAGUGAUUCUAGUGAAAAUAAAAUUAAACGCGAUAAUAAAGCUCCAAUAAGUCAUACACCUGUGCAUCUUGCAAUGCCAAAAGGUAUUAGUGUAAAUAAUAACAAUAGAUAUAGUAAUCCACAUACAGAUUCAACAAUGGAUACUCCUAUUUCAAACAAAAAUAGCAAUGGACUGAUUCACAAUAAUAAUAAUAAUAACAACAAUAACAAUAAUAAUAAUAGUAAUGUUAAGAAGCAUAAAAAAAAUUCAUUUGUUAGUAUUAAACACAAAAAAGUAAAAGAGGAAUCACAUAAAGAAAAAGUUGAUUCUGAAAGAGAAAAGAUUAAAAAGAGUCAGCGAAACUUUUCAUUAAAUUUGAAACAAACACUUUGCAAUAUCUUUAGAUUCAGGCGUUUGGGUUCUCCGGACCAUUUCGUAGAAAAGAGAAAUAGCAUUGUACAGGGCGAAAUUGUAGAAGAAGAAGAAAGCAUUGAUUCUGACCAACAUGCUAAUAAUAAUAAUACUACCUCAGAGGUAGAUUCCUCUGUACAAAAGCUACCUUUUUUUAAACGUGCAUUACCACCAUUGCCUAAAAGCAAUGGACAUGUAGGAGGUGUGGAACAAGCAGAAGAUGCACUUACAACAAUGGUGUCUAAAUGUGAAAGUCCAACUUCGAUACCAUCACAAAUACCUCUACCUGUACCAAAAGUUGAGGAUGAACCAGCAGAAGAUACUAGUAUGGAUUUUGCUGCUAGUAUUGAGAAAGUAAAAGAUUAUGGAUGGUAUUGGGGCCCAAUAUCUGGUGAAGCUGCAGAGAAAAUACUGUCCAAUGAACCAGAUGGGUCAUUCAUUGUACGAGAUAGUAGUGAUGAUCAUUAUAUUUUUUCCUUAUCAUUUAGACUUAACAGUUGUGUACGACAUGUAAGAAUAGAGCACGAUCAGGGUAAUUUUAGCUUUGGAAGUUGCACAAAAUUUAAAUCUCAUACAAUUGUUGAUUUUAUUGAAAAUGCGGUAGAACAUUCGCGUAGUGGACGAUAUUUGUUUUUUCUUCAUCGACGGCCAGUGUUAGGUCCAAUGCGUGUGCAACUUCUUCAUCCAGUGUCAAGAUUUAAACAAGUUCAAAGUUUACAGCAUACGUGCAGAUUUGUAAUUUUGAAGAUGGUACGCAGGGAUCUUAUUCCCACUCUACCUCUGCCUCGGCGGCUCAUUGAUUAUCUGAGCACGCCUCAUUAUUACAGUGAGCAAUUAGCUGAACAAGAUGAUAGAGCUGAAUCUCCUGUUAGUUCUUCAACUGGUGAAUUAGAGAAGAUUUGUUUCACACCACAAGGCCUAUCGUGAGGUACAAAUAUAUAAUUUUUGUCCUUCAUUUUUGUGAAA